ACAGGAGGCAGGCAGCGGGAGAAGAAAGGAGCUGAUGCACAGAGGGCGAAGGAUGCGCAGGAUAAUGUCGCCCCGCCACCCGGUACCAUGAUAAACACCGCCGAGGGGGUGAGCCGGAGGAGGUCGUCGGCGGCCCGGCGCAGCGAGCGCUGGAUCGCCUGGUGCCAGGCGGCGCUGCUCGGCGUGUCGGCGCUGGUCAUCGCGGCCGAGCGGAGCGCUCUGAUCUAUUGCAUGGGGUUUUACCUUUGGAAUGACGAGACAAGAUGGGCCGGCCUCACCCUCGGACUCUUUCUCCCGGGCACGGCGGUGCAGCUGUUGAGUGUCAAAUGGUACUAUGACGACGGUGACGACAGGCGAUGGUACCUGUCUACCAUACACAUUCUUCACUUGGGUAUCUUCAAAAGGUUAUGGGACUGCAUGAGAUAUGUGUCCCGCAUGCAGGGCUCAGUGGCGGAGCUGGGCGCUGUCGUCAUGCAGCAGGCAGACGUUGCCGCUCUUUGGCUCCUGGAGGCUCUGGUCGUCUCGCUGCCACAGAGCCUGCUGCAGGCAUACAUCGUGGUGUCCACUGACGUAGGGAUCAUGUCCCCAGUGGCCUACUCCUGUGGUCUUUGCGUGCUGUCCGUCUCCUGGGCAUUGGUGCUGUACAGCCGCGCUUGCCGUCUCAUCCGUCCGGGCCACCUUGCCAUGCCCCCGGCGGCCCUGCUUUGCCAGCUGGUGUGGAGGGCCGGCAUGCUGGGUGCCAGGGUGACGUGUCUCAUGUUCUUCGCAAGGGUGUUCAACUGGUGGGUCUUCGGAGUGGCAGGUUUUCACUGGCUGACUGCCUCCUUCUGGCUGGUGUCACAGCAACUAGACAUCUGCACCGGCCCAUGGUGUUGGCGUGCCUUCAACGGCCUGGUGGGGUUCAUCCACGUCUUCCUCUUCCUUAACGUCAAAGACGGACCCUCGCGUUUCCGCAUGGCCAGCUUUUAUACUUUCAUGCUGAUUGAGAACGCCACUUUGCUGCUAGCCGCCUCUGACUUACUGAGCGAAGCGUCGUGGGAUAACAUGACGCUCCCCAUCAGUGUCCUAAGUAGCUUUACCCUCGGCGCUACCUCCAUGGUCAUCUACUACCGGUUCCUCCACCCCAAGUCAACAGAGAUCGCCCAAGGUCUGAACCAGAACCACAUGGGUAGCACUUGUAUAGAACGUGGGGAGUCCUCCUUCUCACUCGGGGACAAAAGCUUGCCGGUUGGCGCUAUGCAAAACCACGGCAGCUUCUCGCUCUCCGGUGUGGCCGGUUCACUGCUGGAGCAUCCGAGCACAUGCGGAGGGAGGCCGAACAGCUCCUGUCCUUGCUACCACCAUCACUGGCUCCUCAUACGGCUGGCCCUCAAAACAGGAGACCUGGGGAAGAUCAACCGAGCGUACGGAGCAGGCGGGGCGGCAGCCAUACUGGACAUGGAGGAGUACAACCAGGAGUGUAAGAGCAACGAAGGCGACACCAUCACGGCAGGGGGCAGCUGUGAGGGUGUCUCCAUGUCCGAGUCUCAGGGGCAAGGCUUGGCACCCCUGUCGGACUGCAAAGAUGAAUUUCAGACUGUGAGCGAACCCGCGUCCUUUGAACAAGCAGAGGACGACAGUUUGGAGAUGGCGAGCCCGCUGGAGUCGCCGGCGUCCGAUUUCAAGCGCAGCUCACCAGAGGGCAAAUCCGUAUUUGGAGACAGUCCGGAGCCGUACUUCUGCCCCACAGAGUCCAGUUCAACCCUCUACUUCAGCGCUGAUCCCCAGUCUCCCAGCAGCUCCAGUAACCCCCGAUUGGACCGGGACAUUGGGGGUCUUGAGCAUGGCGUGCGUCUCAAUUCCAUCCCGAGCGAUCCGGCUCUUCACAGGGACGUCCGAGGGCUAAUUGGUCGGGUCGGGCCGCGCUACACCUCUACCCCAAAACUGGACUCGGGAGUGCUGGACUCUCCCUCCAGUGUGCCUCACCUCAGCGGUCCCAGGAGGCAGCUCAUAAUGUCCCGCAGAGAUGAAGAUGAAUAUUUCUGACAUGGUUCAGGAGUAGGGUGAUUUCAGCAAGUUCAGCAGUUUCCGUUUAAAGUAAAAAUGUGAAACAAAACAACAAAACAAAACAAAAUCGACAUCAUGCUGAGCUAGUACAGUAGUAUAUUAUAAUCUAUAUUGGAAUAUUCUCUGAAAGCAAUAUAUUGCACAAGUGGAGCCUUUAAAUGCUGUUUUAAAGGCCUCGUUAAUAAGCUAAUUAGUGGUGCUUGGAAGCAAUGUAUGACCUCAUAGCUAGGAAUAUUGACUACUAAUGUGGUUGCGGAAUCCACUUAAAGCCACACUUCAAAUGGCAUUAGGAUAUAACUUCAGUUGAUACACCAGCAUUUAAAGCACCGCUGCAGAGCUACCGUGGCACCUGUAAAGCUGUUUACAGAUAAAGCUGUACGCUGUGAAAGCUUUUCAGGGCAAAAGCGGCAAAUCAUUAUUCAAAAUGAUUGAAUAGCCAGAGCUAGUGAUUAUAUACCCAAAAAGGUGUAAAGCAAGAUAUAUGUAUGGUAUUUAAUAUAGUUAUUAAAUAAAACUGCUGUUUGGUCACACUAUCAAGCUAUUCUGCAUUAUUAAGAGCUGCUGUAUAAUAUGGUCUUUUUUAUAACUUGAUGUUAUUAAGUCAUAGUAGGUAAUAGAGAAAACUAAACUCUAAAUAUCACAAGCCUUCGCUUCACUGGCUUCCUUAAAGCACAAGUAUCAUAUACUAUACAUCCGUUGUGUUUUUUUUUUUUUUAAAGAUCCAUUUUCUAUCGCUUGUCCCUUUGGGGGAAGCGGGGGGUGCUGCAGCCUAUCUCAACUGCAUUCGGGCGGAAUGCGGGGUACACCCUGGACAAGUCGCCACCUCAUCGCAGGGCCAACACAGAUAGACAGACAGCAUUCACACUCACAUUCACACACUAGGGCCAGUGUUUAUUUUAAUUUUGUAUCUAUGUACACUACCAUUCAAAAGUUUGGGGUCACCCAAACAAUUUUGUGGAAUAGCCUUCGUUUCUAAGAACAAGAAUAGACUGUCGAGUUUCAGAUGAAAGUUCUCUUUUUCUGGCCAUUUUGAGCGUUUAAUUGACCCUCACAAAUGUGAUGCUCCAGAAACUCAAUCUGCUCAAAGGAAGGUCAGUUUUGUAGCUUCUGUAACGAGCUAAACUGUUUUCAGAUGUGUGAACAUGAUUGCACAAGGGUUUUCUAAUCAUCAAUUAGCCUUCUGAGCCAAUGAGCAAACACAUUGUACCAUUAGAACACUGGAGUGGUAGUUGCUGGAAAUGGGCCUCUAUACACCUAUGUAGAUAUUGCACCAAAAACCAGACAUUUGCAGCUAGAAUAGUCAUUUACCACAUUAGCAAUGUAUAAAAAUGUAUUUCUUUAAAGUUAAGACUAGUUUAAAGUUAUCUUCAUUGAAAAGUACAGUGCUUUUCCUUGAAAAAUAAGGACAUUUAAAUGUGACCCCAAACUUUUGAACGGUAGUGUAUACAUAUCAUCGUGCAGUGCUUUAAGGGGAUUUUUUUCAAAUAUGUGACUUUACAGAAUUUAUGUAACACCCACUUCAGAAAGCUUUCUCGUUGUUGCUCAGCAGCUGUUUCUAAAAAUACACACAUUUUUAUUUUCUUCUUGGUGUGUAAAAACAAACCGACAUAAUAAGCUUUUCUCUAUCACUCAAGUGCUGUAUGAAAUUUGAACUGUGAAGUGCAAAGCCGCCUGUGGCUUUUUAUAUAAGCAAUAAAAAGGAUAACUU